AUGGCCGUCACGGAUCAGGGGACUGUAUACAUGAUUUUGACUUCUAUUGAUAAGGCUUCCACGACCAAGUAUACCGUCACCGAAGAUGUGGGUACAGCUUUGACGGCGGCCGAGUCUUUCAAGACAACGACGCAGCAGACUACCAUCACGGACACGGUGAUUGGCACUCAGUCAACAGUGACAAGCACGAAAAAGGUUGUCUUUACCAGUGAUAUUGGUCUCACCACCACACAGGCUCCAAGAUCGAGUACGAGCACGCUAAAGGAAACUACCACAGUCAUUGCAACAACUACCCAGUCGCCGUCUACUGUCACCCUCAAGAGCACAUUGACCAUCACCGUCCUGUCGACCGUGACGAAGGGCACGACCAGCACCAUCCCAGCGGUAACCAGUGGCGGGCGCAACUCAGACCGUCACCAGCCUCAAGACAACGGCAAUCAAAAUCGACCGUAUCGCUUCCUCGGAGCAAGCUCACUGUUCGACGGUCUAUUCAACGGUCAGGCUCGACACUCCUACCACAAUUGUGAAGACGACAACAUAGAGGCGUACCCCUUCAGCUACAGUUACUUCCCCGUACACGAGCACCAAGACGACAACGAUAAAGGCUACGGUCACGCAGGCGGAGACAGCGACUAA